AUGAUGGACACCCAUGCCGUCUUGGAGCGGAGAAGAGCGAGGCCAGACGGCAAGCUUGAGAUAUCCAGGACCAAGUCUGGUCACAGCGGCUUCGUGGGCGAGGGUGUGAGUAGCACUGAUCCGAUCGUAUGGGGUCAUCUGCUUCCCGUGGGUCAAUACGAGGGGCCCGGAAUUGAUUUAGCAGACCAUCAUGGAAGCUUCCCAGCUCCCAAGCCUCAGGGGUAUGUAGUCGGCCGUGACUCUGAAUGCGAUGUGGUCAUCGACCAUCCCUAUGUGUCCAGUCCUCACUGCUUGAUAUAUCGGGUCAUACGAAACGGCCAAGUCUGCGUAUUCUUGCGAGACUUAUCCUCCAAUGGAACAUUCGUCAACGAAAAUGUGGUGGGAUGCAACCAAGUGCUAGAGCUCAAAGAUUGGGACCUGAUCACGAUAGUUGAUAACGCCCAGUUGCUGUUCAACUCGUCUCUCCCAAUACAUCGUACUUUCGGUCAACAAUACUCCACCCUGAACUUGAUCGGGAAGGGACACAUUGGACAGGUAUUUGCAUGCCGGGAAAAGUCCACAGGAAAACGCUUUGCCGUCAAGAAGCAUAGCUUCUCACCAGUUCCGAAGUUCGAUCAACGGAAGAAAGAGUGUAUAGCGGCAGAGUUGAAUUUGAUGGGUCUAUGCCACAGGAACAUCAUGUUCAUGAAGGAGGCAUUUGUAGACAACGGUUCAAGCUCCCACGUCACGCAAAUCGCAAAGAAGGGUGAAUUAUUCAACCUGAUAGUGACAAAAUCGAGGCUCUCCGAGCAUGAGACUCGACACGUCUUCAAACAACUGUUUGAUGCGGUCAAAUAUCUGCACGACCGCAAUAUUGUACAUCGCGACUUGAAGCCAGAAAACAUUUUGGUCCUCGACGAAGAACACAAUAUCAUGAUAUGCUCGUUUGAUCUGUCCAUCACUAUCACAGCCGGAAGCUUUGAUACUACUCUCUGUGGAACUUCCAGCUAUGUAGCUCCUGAGGUUCUGGCAGGGAGCCAACACCGCAAGUACGGCAGAGAGGUAGACAUCUGGUCUCUCGGCGUCGUUCUAUAUAUAUGCCUCUGCGGAUUCCCUCCCUUCUCGGACGAUCUCUAUUCGAAAGAAUAUCCCUACACAUUGAGUCAACAAAUCAGAGCAGGAAGUUUUGACUACCCGUCACGAUACUGGGAUAGUGUUGGUGACCCCGCUUUGGAACUGAUCGAUAGCAUGCUUGUAGUAGACCCAGGGUUGAGGUUCACCAUUGAACAAUGUCUCACCCACCCCUGGCUCACACAAGCAGCUCCUGGGAAAGAGAAAUCCGCCAAGUCGGCCCCAGUAUUACGUCGUAAACCAACGAUGCUCGGAUCCGACCAGGUAGUGCCUUCAUCGAUACAUAUUGCCUCGUCGAAGGAGCUCAAGGGGCCAGAACCAGGGUACCUACCGCCGGACCCAGUGAUCUCGAAGACUGAGACCAAGGCCGAAGGCAAAAUCUCAAGUUCUCUGAUCAAACAGCCUGCGACGGAAAAGCAGGAGCACUCUAUGAAUCAGAACAUUCAUGAUGAAAUUCGACGCCGUACCGGUAAUACGAAGAUGAUCGAGGACAUUGGAAACUACCUUGAAAGAUUGAUCAUGGACAACUUGAAGAGAUCCUCCGAGAAACCGUCACACAAAGCUAUGCUUUCCAAGGCUUUGUCAGAGGCCAACACUGCAGUCGAACUCGACAAUGAGCAAGAUUGGAAGGGUGCGCGAUCAGCGUACCGGAAAGCAUGGGGCUUGCUACGCCAGGUCGUGCUUAGUACGAAGGGACACGAGGAUAAGAUAAAGUUGGAAGCUAUGAUUGCUGCUCGUAUAGAACUCCUGGAUCAAAUUCUCGAGGAGUUGAAAGACAGCAGGGUACACUCUCACAGAUCACCACCGCCCGGAAUACCCUCGCUCAGCUCAUAUUUCUACGACCAGUCCAACUUGCCGCCCGCCCGGAAUUUCGAGCAUUCCCAUCUACAGCAGUCCGCCUCCUCUCCCGGGCACCGCUACGCACCAACAAGUGACAGUAUGAGAUCAACAUCCCAGGUCAUUGGGCGCACAGAAACCGACCUGGUAGUGGGAGACGACCAAUCGUCAAGGCUACAACCAGAGUUGGGACCAGGCCAGCCCAGCGGGCACCCGGUAACCAGCUCGAGUGGACGCGAUGUGUCUGAGACCGAGGCAACCUCGCCCUUACGAGAUGAUGCUGACCCUACACUCUCUCUGAACCAUGAUCAAUUCGCCUGGCUGGUCAAUAGUGCCAUCGACAAACCCAUGUCCCCAAGAUACCUCCCUACUCAACUGCCUGAUGAUUUGCAGAACGACAUAGAAUUCAACGACAGGAGCCAGCAACUGAGCACUUGGACAUAUGGCUAUCCCGUGAUUUUACCUGUCGAUUACAAGUACCCUCUCACAGGGAUAUUCUCUCCUCCUCCAGAUCCGCAUCCUCUCUUCAUAUCACCGUCCUCUCAGCUGUCGGAUGGGGAUAUCCAUCACAUAUUCUCCGCGUUCCCGGCUUGUGUUGGCUUCUACGUCCUGAUCAACGGGUUCCUCCAGGUCAUAAUGCCAGAUGAUUUCGACUACGAGGAAGGCAUACCCAGUCUUCCGAGUGAAUUCGGCGGGUUGAAGGUGUCUUUGAUUCCCGAGACAGUCUGUCCGACAGCUGGAGAGGCUUCAGCAUCCAGCCCAGCCACCACAGCCAUGUCGACAAGGCAGCGCUUCGAGCGCUUGUUCGGCCCGAGCCCAGCGCAGGGCGCCGUGGCUGGUCUCGCAGGCCAUCCUUCUGCAAAUGCAGUCGGGGUCUCGGUGGGCUGUGCUAUCCGCGCCAUAGUGUCCGGGAGCAAAUCAAAGCAGAGGUUCGAAGGCAAGACUGGAGUCGCAAUCACCCCGACGGACGACAACUCCAAGAAGUAUAUCACCAUCCCUACACAUCUGUUGACAGAUGCAGUAAUAGCAUCCAAAACCAUGAGCCUGGACUCGGACGCUUGGAGAAAAGAAGUCAAAGUGUGCGUCGCCAGCAACUCGGUAGAGAUGGGAGAGGUUACAACUAUAUUUGACCAGGAGCCCAAAUCCUUCCCGGUUGGAUUUUCACACGACGUUAGCCUCGUUGACAUCAGCAGGAUUCCUGACACACGCCGAAUGGUUCCUUAUGCUGCCGAUCUCACGUGGCUCAGUCAGCAGGAAUGGAUGGACAUCAAGUACAACUCGAGUAAUCUCGUGCUUUUGGAUGACCGCUCCAGAGAAGCAAAGAGUAUUGGGGUCGUGGAUAGUCGCUGCCAGAUGGUAGGACAGGGCAUCUUCCGGAUCCAGCAGCAGUCGCGCAAGCGCUCUUCAUUCCUGGGCUCGCUCUCCUCCGGCUCGAGCUCGUCUCGUACUCAGGAUCCCCGUGAUGAUCCCAGCACUUGGACGAGUUUCGUAGCGAGGUCGAUCCUCUACCGCGUCCAUCCCGACUACCCAGCAAGAGGCGGCCAAAGUGGAGUUCCAGUGUGUGUCGUGAGUGAAAACACGGACGGAACUCCGUCUCAUAGCGCCAAGGUGGCAGGAUUCGCCUCCUUUGUGCAGAUGGUAUCAGAUGUCCAGAAAUAUGAUCUCGAGGGUGACAAGCUGUACAAGCGGCUUCAGGAAGGAAGAGUGGCAUUCUAUGGAGCCUUCCAGGUCCCUCGAGAGUUGCGAGAGGGAUAUCAUAUACUCUAG